AUGACUUACAGGAAGGACAGCGACAUCUACAGUCCAUACGGAUUACCCCUCCUAGACGAAAACCACGAUGAAGCAAAGAAAAGGAAUUUCCUGUCAGUUGCCAGGAGCAAAACUAAAUUAGCGGCCUGGGCAGUCAGCAAUUGUAAUGCUCCAAGUCAACGUAUGGAAUAUGUGAAGGAAUUACAGAAAUAUAUGAGCGUGGACAUCUAUGGGGGUUGCGGGCCAUUCAAAUGUGGACGCGACAGGGAAGCUAAAUGUACCGAUAUGUUAAACAAAACUUAUAAAUUUUAUCUUUCAUUUGAAAAUAGUUUUGCCACGGAUUAUGUCACAGAAAAAUUAUAUAAAAUCCUCCCAUUGGACGUUAUCCCGGUCACACGUUCAGGUGCCAACUACACGCGUCUAGGCAUCCCUCCGUCCUGGCACAUAGACACACACGACUUUAAGUCUCCCAAAGAGCUGGCACACAGACUGAAAGAACUAGAUAAAGACGACGCUGAAUAUGCCAAAUUGUUGCAAUCAAAGGCUGGUAUUCAAGUCUCUUCUUGGAUUCGUGGUUAUUGUGAUAUUUGUGCCAAGCUUCAUUCUCCAACGGAACCGGUGAAAUCCUACAGCGCCCAGGAUAUACGUAGUUGGUACGGUACAUGCAAACCCCCUGAUGAUCUGCAGUUUAUGACACGAAGCCGGCGGAGUAUAGAAGAUUACUUCGUUAAUUGA